UGAGUGGUGGCGCGGCGGCGGCAGAGCGGGGUGAGGGCGGAGGCACAAGCCAGGCUCCGAGCGUGCUGGGAGGUGAUUCCCUGUGCUGCUGCUGCUGCCCUUGCAGUGUGUGCCCCUCACCUUGCUGGCUCUGUGUGAGGCAGGCAGGACUCUUCCCUUGGGAUUGUUCUGGACAGAGCAGCUUGGACUGAGCCCAGCCUUUCCCUAGAUCCCAAAAUGAGUUCCAUGCUGAGCUCUGCCCUGCGGAACCUCCCCGUGUCCUCAGCCUGGGCUGCUGGGGCCUUUACUCGAUCACUCAGCUGCUCCUCGCAGUUCCAAUCUUCAGCCCAGCCAAAGACUAAGAAGAGCUUGGCCAAAACUGGGGUGAAGAAUGUGGUGGUGGUGGAGGGUGUCCGCAUUCCCUUUCUGCAGUCUGGCACCACGUAUGCUGAUCUGAUGCCACAUGACUUAGCCAGAGCAGCACUGCAGGGCCUGCUGACCCGGACCAGUGUCCCAAGGGAUGUUGUUGAUUACAUUGUUUAUGGCACAGUUAUCCAGGAGGUGAAAACCAGUAAUGUUGCCAGAGAGGCUGCCUUGGGAGCGGGAUUCUCCGACAAAACUCCGGCCCACACUGUCACCAUGGCCUGCAUUUCCUCAAACCAGGCCAUGACCACAGGGGUGGGGAUGAUUGCAGCUGGCCAGUGUGACGUGGUGGGCGGCGGCGUGGAGCUCAUGUCCGACGUCCCCAUCCGCCACAGCAGGAAGAUGAGGAAGACCAUGCUGACCCUGAACAGAGCCAAGACCCUGGGCCAGAAGCUGUCCCUCAUUUCCAAAAUUCGACCUGACUACUUUGCUCCCGAGCUCCCAGCUGUGGCAGAGUUCUCCACCAGCGAGACCAUGGGGCACUCUGCCGACCGCCUGGCCGCCGCCUUCGGCAUCUCCCGCCGGGAGCAGGACGAGUACGCGCUGCGCUCGCACACGCUGGCCAAGAAAGCCCAGGACGAGGGGCUGCUGCAGGAUGUGGUGCCCUUCAAAGUGCCAGGCAAAGACACAGUUACCAAAGACAACGGGAUCCGCCCGUCCUCCCUGGAGCAGAUGGGAAAACUGAAGCCAGCCUUUGUCAAGCCCUAUGGAACAGUGACAGCAGCCAACUCCUCCUUCCUGACCGACGGAGCGUCGGCGAUGCUGAUCAUGUCUGAGGAGAAGGCCCUGGCCAUGGGCUACAAACCAAAGGCCUACCUAAGGGAUUUCGUGUACGUGUCCCAGGAUCCCAAGGACCAGCUGCUCCUGGGCCCCACCUAUGCCACUCCCAAAGUGCUGGAGAAGGCCGGGCUCAGCCUGAGUGACAUCGAUGUGUUUGAGUUCCACGAGGCCUUUGCUGGCCAGAUCCUGGCUAACCUGAAAGCCAUGGAUUCAGAGUGGUUUGCAAAGAACUACAUGGGCAGGAGGUCAAAGGUUGGAGCCCCUCCCCUGGACAAGUUCAACACCUGGGGGGGCUCCCUGUCCCUGGGACACCCCUUUGGGGCCACCGGCUGCCGCCUGGUCAUCACUGCUGCCCACAGGCUGAAGAAGGAGGGGGGCCAGUACGGCCUGGUGGCUGCCUGUGCUGCAGGAGGGCAGGGUCACGCGAUGAUCGUGGAGCUCUACCCCCAGUAACAGCCCUGGGAGUGCUGUCCCUCCACCCUGUGCCUGGCGAUGCCAUUCCAAUGCACUAAUAAAUCCUACACCCAAUCCUUCUUGGAGAGGGGAUUUGUGGCCUUUGUCAAUCCCUUUUAGCUACUCAGCCAGUAAUUUUUAUCUAAUGAGCACGCUCUAUUCCACUUCCAGGAGAGGAGCAGUUAACACAGCUCUGAGUCUCUGCAGGCUCCUUGUAACUGUCUGAUGCCUCUGGUAACCCUUCAGGAUUUCUCCCACGGGAGAACAAAAGUUAUUCCAAAGCUCUGGAUGGAGAAUUAAGUUUGGAGAUCAGGAGCACGUGAAGCAGUGGAGGUGGGGGGGCUGAGAGGGGAGGUAAUGCUGCGGGGAGGAGCAGCUCAGUGGGGCAGCAGGGUCAGUCCCAGGGGCUGAGCUGGGCUCUGAGGGGGCACUUUGCUCCACGCUGUCCAAGUGCUGUUGGAAUGAGCAAAUUGCAUCUGACGAAUGAAUGUCACUGAUGGAACUGCAAUAAAUCAGGACAAAACCCA